UGUUGAAAUUAAAGAUUGUAAAAUAUUCCAUGAAAUUACUGAAAUUUCAUCCCUCAAGAUCCAAAUAUGAUAAUUUUGUUCGUUUGUAUUGAUCUUCUUAUUAAGAUUUAAAUUUCUGCAUUAGAAAUUAUAUUUUAUACAUCAUAAACAUGGGUUUUAGGGCACUCUAUGCUCUCAACCUCAUUCAUUCUUCAACCCGGGAAGUGCGACAUUUUAGCAUUUCUUUUUAGGUUAUGUGAUUUUGUGAUGUGUGAAGUUGCAUCAAGAGUGAAUAAUAAUUCUAAUAUUUGUUGUAAUUGUUUAUUGAAAUCAAAUUCGUUUAAAUUAUUCUGUUCAACUACUUGAUCUCACCCUUACACGCUGUAACUACAAGAAUCUUUAUGCCUAUUCAAAAUGUCUGACGUACAGGAAUGGAUGGAUUGUUUGGAUAGAUACAUUGUUGAGGAGGAUAAAAUCGUUACAUACAAAUGGCUAAGCAUCAAAUUGAAAAUUCAUGUCAACACAUCGAAAAAGCUAUUGUACAGCUAUGCAAACACUCACGACAAAGAAAAUCUGGGUAUAUGCUAUCUCAUAGCUGGAGAAAUGGAGGAUGGGAGCUGUCAUGUUAUGAUUUGCCGUAAAAAAGAUCUUUCGAAAACAAAGGCGUUAUUCAAAAAUGUGACAUCUCAGCAUGUGUACAGCGUUCAAAAGCGAGAUACCGAUGCUGAUUUGAAUGUGAUCCUCAACAGUCCAGUCAAGAGAAUAGAAGAAUGCAUUGAGGAUUUCAAAAGGUUAACAUCUAUAGAAUACUCGGAGAGUGUUGUUAGAGAUAACACAGAUUUACAGAAACUGAAAAUGAAAGCCCUAUUAGCGAGCAAAGAAGCUGUACCGUCCAUAAGUAAACCUGCUGCUUCAGAUGAUAAGAAGCAAAUAAAAACUGAAAAAGAGAAUCAUCCAAGCAAUAACACCAGUAAGGAGACUAAAAAGGAAAAUGUCAGCGGUAAAAAAGGUGGCUUGGCUGCCAUGUUUGCUGCUCAGAAAGAAGUCAAAACUGAAGUCAAGAAACCCGCACCUCAACAGAGUAAGCCGAAAGGAGGACUGAGUAUGUUUUUGAAUAGUGAGAAAAAGAAUGAUGUUGCGAAGUCGAGUAAAAUCAAACAAGAUCUGUCGCCGAAAAAAGAUAAACCAUCAGAAGAGUCGUCACAAACAAUGGAAGUCGAUUUGACAAGUGACGAGGAAAAAGAAAGCAAAAAGGCCGAUUCCAAAAAGGACACUAAAAAUAAAACAAAGACAACACAAAGUAAGAGGAAGAGGAAGGAAAAAUCGGAAGACAAACAGAAAAAGAAGAGAAAGAGGAUUAUGACCGUGAGUGACUCAGAAUCAAAUGAUGAGGACAAUGAGGAGGAGGAGAGAUUGGAUGACUCACCACUGAGAGAGCCGACACCCCCGCCUCCUCCCAUCAGUGACGACGAAGUUGAAGCUGAGCCCAUCGCAGGUAAAAAGGCCAAAAAGAAAAAGCUGGUGGAGAGCACAUUCAUGGAUGAUGAAGGUUUCUUAGUGACCAAAAAGGAGUACAAGAUGGUGAGCGACAGUGAUGACGAAGUUGAGACAGAGAAAGUAAACAAAUCGGAAAAAGAUUCGCAAAAACUGGGAGAUGAGACCGCCAAGGUAGAUGAAAAGAGAGCGCCAGCCAAAGAUCCUCCAAAACCCUCUGCGUCCAAAAAAGAAUCGAAACCUCUACCAUCAAAAAGUAAAAUCUCUCCGAAAUCAAAAAUGUCGCCUCAGAAAAACAAGCAGGCUUCUAUUACUAGUUUCUUCACUAAGAAAUAAGAGUAUAAAUUUAUUUGUAAUUUUCUGGUAUUCCAUUAAUUUUGAUCAGAUUUAAAACAUAAUUUGUAUGUAGCAUAUUUUCCUUCAAUGGACACUAUUAAUACUGUAUCAUUAUAUAUUAUAACUAUAGCAUUGUUGGAGAAUAUAUCUUCAGUACAAUCCACUUUUUGAUUUAUAUUGAUCUGAUAUGUAUAUUAUGUUAUGUUUUUGUAUGCCUUUUCUAUCGAAAAAUACCUAUUAUUUACGUGUCAUAAUUUCUCGUGAACAAGAGGUGAAUAUUAUUUGAUCUAUGCUUGUAUUCUUAUUGUUCAAGUUUAUUUCGCAAUUUUUAUCAAUAUUUAAUUAAAUUUUAUUGAGCUAAAACACUUUUUUCAAAGACUAUUUUACUUUUUUCAUUGUUUUGACUGGACAGUGAACUUUGUAAUUUUCUUUCAUGUAUAAAACUAUGUAAACCGUUUCUGGAAGUUGAAAUAUUAUUGUGAUUCAAGUUUUAUUGGUUAUUCAUAUAACUCCUUUCAGAGUUGGCUACUUUUAAUAAAAAAUAUUGAAAAAUGAA